AUGUCAAUUGAAAUUAGCAAGACCACUGGCUCCAUUCCUCCAGACGUCCUGUACUCUGCUCUUCGACGCGUUUUCUACAAGUUUUCUUGCGGCGGCGUCGUUCAUGAAAAGGACUUUGUUUCAACCUGUGGAUAUGUCUCUACCCUCCUCAAAAAUACCGAAUUCCAAGAUCUCAUCGAAUCAACACAAGGUUUGUUUGUAGAUGUUGUAGAGAUGGCUGUCGUCGUUUUCAUCUCCCGUGUUUUUCCCAUAGUCCGUUUGUCAAUACUCUCCUUUGUCGAUUACGUUCCAGAAAGCUGCGAGGCAGUCAGCUCGCUGUUCGAUUUGUUAGAAGCGCAGGUCAUUAAAUGCUGCGGAUAUGGCAUGCAAUUGAGGAUGGCGGCGAUCGACCAACUUUUGCAGUCCGAUGAAACUAUAGUCACCACUUUGCCCAAAACACUGAAUCUCUCGCUCUUCGCCGAAAAGUGUCGUUCGAUGCCAUUCACGACGUCUCUAGAUGACUACAGUAUACAAGCUCAAUCAUCUUCGCAAUUUUUGGAUCCUCGUUCGUCAGCAAGCGGGGCCCCUCUCUCGCGUGGGACGAUAUCCCCUGGUAUAGGUUGCGGUCCUCCGCGGGAGUGUCCUUUUCCAACUUGGUCAACACCACGAAGCUCUUUCCUUGUAUCUCACUUCACGACAGACUCGUGUCGUUUCCAGGCUCAGAACUAUCCAAAGCCGAAUUUCAACGUCGUUCAGUCCGAGUCGAUUCGCGCCGCGGCCGAAUUCGAGCUCUCACUAUGCGCUAAUCUUCUCUUUGGCUCGAACAUGCAGGCUUCUAUGCAAUCUCAAAGUCAUUCUUUCGCCGAAAAUGAAUCUAAUACACCUUCUCCUGUUUCCCAAACAUUUUCCGUAGAUAUGAAGAGUCUCUUGCCCUCAAAUGUGGAGCAUCUCAUGGAUAGUCCUCUCUUUGAUCCGCUUGUUCUUGACGCAUAUAAUCCAGCCACCGUUUCUCAAAGCCCUUCUAUAACCGAAAGCGAAUCUUGCAACCAUCCAGUUUCUUCACCAUUUUUGCAACCACCGUUGCAGAUACACGAUCAUAGCCAGCAAUCUAGUAUUGACUUAGCCUUGGUUCCCAGUGAGCUGCUGAGUCCCUACCUACCGCAGAGUCACCCAAGUAUCUCUCUUCUUCGUCAACCUCUCUUACCUGUCUCGACGUCAAACCUCUCUUCGAAUUUAUCCUUAAGUGCACUCAACGAGCCCGAGCCAUGCACUUCCAAGCUUUCGCGAGCCGAAGCAGAAGAUUUAUUUGGAUAUCCUGCAUCGUCUUCGCCUGUACACGCUGAUAACCAAGAGGAAAAUAGUACACACUUGUCUGUAAAUGGAGACGUGUCCGUUGCGAGCAUUAUCUCUCCUAGUGGUCCUAUCACUGCUCAAUCUGUUCCGGAUCCUGACCUCGAUGAGAAAGUGUCUAAUCCGGUUCCUGAAGCCGUAGAUGGUGCCAUCGGAGAGCAAGCUGAGGUCAAGACGCCGACGAAGGAGAAGCGAAAGCGACAACCAAGUAUUGCCGGAAGCAAGAAGGAAGUCCGGAAAGAGAAAAGCCGCAGCGCCAGCGUCGUCGGCCUUGAUAUCGGAAAGGCUCUUACGGAGGAGUUCGAAAUCGGUGCGGAACAUCGUGCUUCGCCUCGGUAUGGCGGAGAGAAUCUACGUCGCUCAAAGAGGCAGAGGACAAUCACAAACCAGAAGCAAGGAUUAGAUAUCUUUGGAUUGGCUUCACCCUCUGAAGGCACUGCUUCUCCUGGGCGUAGAUCAUCAUCGAAAGUGAACAAGGAGAAUACUCGCUAA